UUUCCCCAAUCCUUGGCUCCGAUGGCGACGGCGACGGCGACGCAGCAGGCCCUCCCGGACGAGAUCCUCGAGGAAAUCUUCCUCCGCCUCCCCACGGCGGCCGACCUCGCCCGCGCCGCCGUGGCCUGCUCCUCCUUCCGCAGCGUCAUCACCGACCACUCGUUCCUCCGCCGCUUCCGCCGUCUCCACCCGCCACCUCUCCUGGGCAUCAUCUCCACCGCCUCCUUUCUCCCGGCCCAACCGCCCCACCCCUCCGCCGCGGCCGCCCGCACCCUGGCGAACGCCGACUUCUCUUGCUCCUUCCUCCCCUCUCGCGAGCGCUGGCAGCGGCACGACUUCCGUGACGGCCGCGCCCUCAUGGCCGGCGUCCCGGAGGGAAGCACCGUCGCUGCCAACGACUACGACCCCCGGUUCUUGGACAUGGACUUCGCCGUCUGCGACCCGCUGCACAGGCGCUACGUUCUGCUACCUCCGAUCCCCGGCGACCUGACUGCUCUGGUCGACCAACCGGACAUCCUGGAUGUCGAACGCUUCCUGUCUCCUUCCGGCGAGGAUGAUGAGGAGUACGCCUCCUUCGUGGUCAUGUGCUUGGUGGAGUGCAGAGCCAAGCUUGUGCUCUUCGUCUUCUCUUCUGGUGUCGGACAAUGGCAGGCCAUCACGUAUGCCAGCUGGGGCGCCUUGAUCGCAGGAUCGGUUUAUUGUCAGCUAUGUUACCGCUACUGCGUGCGCGGAUGCUUCUGUUGGCCGAUGCCAGAGAUGAACAAGAUGCUCAUGUUGGACACUCACAGUAUGGAGUUCUCCUCCAUUGAGCUCCCGCCUGGCCCCCGAACACGUCGGAUUGUCUUUGUGGAGGCAGAAGAAGGAAGGCUUGGGAUGUUCACUCUCCCUGAUGAUGAAUCUGAAUUUCCCCAUGUCCUCCGGUAUGCUGUGUUGCGAAACGACGGGGACAGUCCAAAUCAGUGGCAAUCAGAUGCGACAAUAUCUCUGCCAUUAGGUUCUCAGUAUAAAGCCGUGGGUGUAGCUGGGGGAUAUUUGCUCCUUCAAGUGAUUCCAGAAGGCUUCUACUCUAUCCCUAAGCCUGAAAGGCCUGACUUGGAUUGUUUCACAGUGAAUCUCCGUACCUUGGAGCUUGAGUGGUUUUGUGGGAUUAGGCAUACCAUUCUACUUCCUGAACUCUAUGCUGGUUUCCCACCAUCCUUGUCGCUACCAACUAUUUGAAGUGGGUUUAAUCUGCAUAUGGGGGGCCAUCUAUUCUUGCCGGGUUGCUGGUGCCGAUUAUGGGAACGCUGCUGGUGCGGAUUGGAAGGAUGAAUCUUUCAGUGCAUAGUCUGAACUCGGGAUUUCUCUUCUAGCUUGAGUUCUGUGCUUGUCCUUGUGUCUUUCCAUUACAUAUAUGUCAAGUUCAUAUUACCUUUUCCCCAUAAUGUCCACAA